CCUUACCUCACAAUAUAAAUACCCACUUAACCCUUUCGUCAAUCCUCACUGUUUCUUCUUCUCCUUCUUCUUCUUCAAGUUUUCUGCAGAGGCAAUGCAUUACCAGAUGGGGUCUUGGGGAUCAUACAUGUCAUCAAGAAGCGUGAGUGACCCAUUGGAGCGAGUGGAGAGACUCGCUUCGGAGAACGCUGUUGUGAUCUUCAGCAUCAGUAGUUGUUGUAUGUGUCAUGCCAUCAAGAGGCUCUUCUGUGGGAUGGGUGUGAACCCUACUGUGCACGAACUUGACGAAGACCCCAGAGGGAAGGAGAUGGAGAAAGCUCUCAUGAGGCUGCUGGGUACUUCUUCUGCUGUCCCUGUCGUCUUCAUCGGUGGGAAACUCGUUGGGUCCAUGGAUAGAGUUAUGGCUUCCCACAUCAAUGGAACUUUGGUCCCUCUCCUCAAGGAUGCCGGAGCUCUCUGGCUUUGAAAUAGAAGAAGAUAUAAUGAUAUGAUAGAACAUGAACAAAAAAAAAGAGGGGAUUGAGUGUGUUUGUUUGGUUAAUUUCUCCUCCAUUUUGGCGUUUGGAUACACUAGUAAUGAGUAAUGACUAAUGCUUUUCUCUUUCCUAUUCUUAAGAAUUUUACUAAUUCUCUUCCUGUGUGUAAUGGGAUCUUCCUCUUGGUCUUGGGUUUCUUCUUGUAAUGGAUGUUGCAGAUUGCAGAGAGAACUGUAGUUGAUCCCUUCUCUGUAUAGAAAGAAAAAAAAAAGAAGAAAAGUUAGACAAAAAACAUUCACAGUUAUCUUCA